AAUGCACGCUCGACCGUCACGCUGAGGUAGGGCCCGUCACGGUAGCGGUCAAGUCAGUAAGACUCAAGGUCGCAGACGACAAUGCCAAAGCCAAUAUCACCCAAAUACUCUUGAACGAUUUUCGUGCACGGAAGCAACUACAACAUAAAAAUCUUUUGUCUCUACUGGGGUUCAGUGACGAUUUCGGUCGACUUCCAGCAAUGGUUUUCCCCUGGAUGCACAACGGCUCGCUUGCGACAUAUCUUCAACGAUCCACAGAACUGACAAUCGAAUCAAAGUUGCGGAUUUUGUGGCAAGUCGCUGCAGCCAUCAACUACCUACACUUGAAAGGCAUCGUUCAUGGCGAUCUUACUGCCAACAAUAUUCUGAUAGAUGCGAACCACGACGCCUAUGUAUCUGACCACGGAAUCCUCACCAUGUGCUCUGAGCUCUGCGGAACUUCAUACAUCAGAAGCAACGUGCGGUGGGCUGCGCCAGAACUCUUCGAAGUGCCCGAGAACCUUCCAAACUCAGCGAGCGAUGUCUAUUCAUUCGGCUGUAUCAUGUUUCAGGUUAUGACAGGGCAGCCACCCUUUGCGGAUGUGCAAAGUAAUCAUGCUGUCGCUCUCCAGAUAUUCGCAGGCGAGAAACCCCAAAGACCCUCCAAUCCUUCCGUCGCGGAGUCCUUCUGGGAUUUCAUCGAAACAUGCUGGAGAGAUGCGGGAGGUCGUCCCUCUGCUGCUGAUGUUGUGAGCUUUCUAGAAUUGGUGCAGAGAAAUCUGUAAAGACCUGAUAAGUGCGAUAAGAGAACUCGAAGGGAUAAUAUACUAACGAAGUUUCUACUUGUCUGAGACCAUAUUAUUGGAACCAUCAUAAUGAUUGCGUUCUAUGUACAGUUCUACAUAUUAUAAGGACGGAGCGAUUUCCAAUAUGGUGUGGUAUUGAAGUAUCUAUAUGUAUAUAUCUAAUUAGUUAGGGCAGCUUAUACUUCGCGAAUGGCAUUGGACCUUAUGUUGCACCCGAU